AUGAAUACAGAUGAUCUUACGGCACAACAAAUUCAAUACAAAUUAAAAUCCAAAGUUUUUGAAUUAGUUACAAACGAAAAAGAUAACAAUGCAAUAUGGAAAAAUGAUAUAUCUUUAAUUGGAAAAAAAGAUGAAAAUGAUAUAAUUCAAUUAUUGGAAGGAUGGGCAGCAUGUAAUCAGUGUUACAUGGCCUACAGAACACAUUCCAAAUCAGGUAUUGAUGGUAAACGGAAGAAUUUUGGAUUAAAUGGUAUACAUGAUCAUUUAAAACAUUGUAAAUGGAAAUCAAAAGUGAAAUCAACUGAUAACCAAGGACAAAAUAAUCAAACAACAACAUCUGUCAUUCAACCCAAAUUUGCUUUUCACAAGAAAGGAUUGCCACAAAAAUAUAAAUCAAAACUUAAAGAUGCUGAAUUAAAAUUUAUUGUUGGCGGUUCACAUUCAUUUAAUUCAUUAGAGAAUAAUGGUCUUUUGAAUUUAGUUCAAACUAGUAUUGAAAUAGGUGCUAAUAUUGGUUUAGUAGAUGUCCAUGAUAUUUUUUAUGGAAGACAAACGAUUAGAGAAGAAGCAUUAUCGAAGUUUGAACAAUAUACUGAUCAAGUACGUUCUUCGUUACAAGAACCAAUCAAGCAACAUUGUGUUGCUGCAACAGCUGAUCUUUGGACUGAUGAUUUAAUGAAAAGAACUUACUUAGAUUUUACUAUCUUCUUUGUUAAUGAUAUUUACGAAUUAAAGCAUACAUUAUUACGAUGCAAACAUUUCGAAGAAGAAAAAUCUGGAAUUAAUAUUUGUUUAUAUCAAUCAUACGAUACAUUACUGGCUUUAUUACGUCAACGUGGUGAACAACAUCGACUCUUACAUAUUAGUCCACAAUUAUUAUCUGAAAUAACUGAAAUUGCUAAAGAACUUGUUGAUAAAUAUUGGACUUCAACAACACAAUUGCAUUGGAUCGCAACUUAUCUAGAUCCAUUGUUCAAAGAUUCAUUCUUUGUUACAGAACCAUUAAUUUUAGAGAAACAAAAGAAAUUAAUCAAAGAAGGUAUUCAUAUUUUGGCUAAUGAUUACAAGAACGCUAUUUUACCAACACCAUCGCUAUCAAUAUCACACGAAACAAUUUCACCACCAACAAAAAAGAAGAAGGAAGAUCUCAUGUAA